UUUGGCAUUCGAUGGACACCAGACUAUUCACGUAUCGACAUUCGAGAUGUUGAAAGGGGGAUGAAUUCGCGAACAAAUUCGUGUUUUUCUCAUCACAAUUAUGUCGGGAAACGAUGUCUCUCCACAAAGUCAGACCAUGGAGACCACUGAGAAAAGUGAGCUGGAAGAUGGGGAAAUUGAGGACGAAACGGGGUCGGAAAAUGACCAAUUUGUCUUCACUCCCGGACCGGGCAGCUCCAGGAAAUUCCAGAUUCCGUCGCUCAUGACAAUGAACGUUGCGCAAAAGGGAUGGCAACGACGUGGGGAACCCCCAACGAGUCGAGCACCGAACCGAUAUUUCCCCAGAAAUUCAGGUAGUCACCAGCGUCCGCAGGGGAGAAAAUACCCAGCAAGUACAGUCAUGGCAGUAGGAGGACCACAGAUGUUAGAACCUCUCCGUAAAAGGUCGAUGGGAAGCAGAGAGUUUACCGGAGGUGUCCAAAAUGAAAGCAGUGGUGCUGGUGUCAAAAGGAGGAGGGAAAUGAACAAGGAUGACGUCAUAGACGAGAGGAGGCUUCCAAGAAAUGAUAAAAACUUGGUAUCAUCUGCCAAGAAAACAAGACAGUUCGACCGAAAACGUGCCCGGCGGAGAUCCCGUACUAAGGUCAGCCUUGAGAAGGAGUCUAACGUUUCCUCAGAUCAAGAUGAAUAUGAGGCCUUGUUGCGCAAGCAUCAUGAAGUACAGGAACUCAUCAAACAGGAAGAACAGAAAUUGACAUCAGAGAGGCGGAGUCUGGAUUCAAAUCAGGAGGAGGGAGGCGGGGAUGAAAAUGUUCAACUCGACAGCAGGGGCAAAGGUCCAGAGUCAUCAAAGCGAUUGAAAACAAGGUCAAGGUCAAGGUCUGGUUCCCUUAAAAAGGACCUAGCUUCCCCUCAGGAUACCACAGUAGAGGACGGAAGUGAUGCCGAGAUUGUUGAGGUGGGAAGCCCAGCUGUAGAAGACAUCAUUGAAAUUCCUGAUGAUGAUGAUGAAGAUGAUGAUGAGUUGCUGCAGUUGAGACGUCUGGCUUUGGAGUCGGCAACCAAGAACGUUGCAGCUAGGGAAGAGAAGGAGAACCAGGCACAGAAACACAAAGCAGAGAAAACCUCAGAAUAUAAGCAAGCUAAGCAGAGGGAGCGACGCCAGAAGGUUAAACAGCUCUUCCAUAAGCAGAGCAUUGCUGCCGAGAUCUUCAAAGUCCACGGGGAGAAGGAACGCUUUGAUAAGUUUAUGGAAAUCAUAGCAAGCAGACGUGGGAGUUUGUCAUCAUCUCAAGGGAAGAGUGUGAGAAGGUCACCGUCAGUAGGCAAGGAAUCUUCCAAGAAGCACUCUGUAUCCAGCAGUGAGGAUCUUCCUGCAGAGUUCCAGUAUGAUAACUAUGAGCAAGUUGAGAUGGAUGUCAGUGAGAUGGAGGAAUCACCAACAUUAACUCCAGUGACUGAGAGCGUUGGUCUAACUCCAGAUAUGGGUCUAACUCCAGAUAUUAUGCAGGUCCUGACUAGCUCCGACACAGACACCUCCACUGCUGUUGAGAGCAUCACUCAGGGAAACGAGGAUGCUGUUGCCGAGGGUAACAAGGACAAUGAAGCUGAUUCAGAUGAUGCCGAUGAUGAUGAUGAUGAUGAUGAUGUCAUGGCAUUAAGAGAGCAACUCCUCCGCUCGUUAGCAACCAAGAGGGCAGCCAAGGCACAGGCUCAAGAAAAAACAGAGCAGGUCCAAGAAGAGGAAUAUACCCCAGAUGAGCCCAGCGUCCUCGGCCCUACCUAUGAACCCUCCCCGAUCCUAACCCCUUCAUUCAGCAAGUCUUCCCCAUCCUCUGAUGUCCCACCCCUAGCCACCUCCUCUCCCAAGGUCUACGCCUCCCCUAUCUCCACCCCUCGGACCCAAUCACCAACUUCCAAUCUGAACAAAGGACUCAUGAAGGCAAAGACAAAACCCAAAGGGGUACUACCUCCGAUCCCUACUCACAAGCCAGUGGUCAUCCAGUUUGAUGGAGACAGUGACUCCAGUGAUGAUGAACACUCUCCACAGAAACCGGAAAUGAAGCAGAUCAAUUUCCUUGACCAGUUCUUGAAGGAAGCACGGCGAACUGCUGAUGCAAAGAAAUCGCAAUCUCAGCAACCUCCUCCCCACAUGCUGGUUCCCAAGACCCCGGAUGCCAUGCAUAAGCUGCCUGAGAUUCACCGGGCAGAGUACCAUAAGCUCAAGGAGGAGAUAGCUCGUCGAGAACAGCAGAAAUUGAGCAAGUCUGCGUCAUUCAGUGGGCUAAGCUCCGGGACGCAAUCCCCGGUACGAGAUGUCACAAUCAGCAUCACAAAAGUUGACGGUAAAGUUCAGCGGACAGUUGUCUUGAAAGACCCUAAGGCAAAAGACACAGCAGAUCUGAGGCAGGACGGAGAGAAGGUACAAGUGGGGAAGAAAGAAGUGCCACCAGGGACUACGAAGGAAAGCCCAGAAGUUCUGGCGUGUCAAGGCAGUCUCACUAAGCAUAGAUUGACAGCUGAGAAGGACUGUCGCAUACUGUCGGCCCUGGAAAAACAGAUUCAGAAGCGUCACUUGAUCCUACGACAGACGGAAGCCAAGCUACAACAGCUCAGAGAGGAACUUUCUGUCGGGGAAAGAAUCGCUGCUUCCAAUCGCUCACAGAUCAAGAAAUACAUUCAACAGAAACAUCUCAUCCAAAGAAAGGUGCAAGAGCAUGUGACACUGGAUUCCCAGCUGAGAGAAAAUCUUGCCAAGGCAAAGGGCGUGGCCGUCACAAAUAUCAGCCAAUCACAAAUGAUGUUACAGGCUGCGUCAAGGCUGCCUAAGAAGACCGCUGUGAUUGGUGGAAGGCUGAAAUCAAAAGGGGAACCAAACAGCCCGAUGUCAAAGACGUCUGAGACACAACUCCAGCGUUUACAACGACUUGAACGCGAGUAUGCCAACCAGAUCACAAAACUACGUGAAGAAAACGCCAAACAGGCAGCCAGACAGACAAAUCCCGUUCCAAAGACUGUCGUCCGAAUCCUCAAGACCAAGACCAAGCUUUUGAACAAGAAGCCAUCCCAACAACUCCUGACGAAGGACAAGAUUGUUCUCGGUAAAGACACACCGACAAACACGGACAGCGAAAGUGACGCGGAAAAGUAUCUGCGGUCUCGGAAAGACUCUAAACGGAGACGUUCAUUCCUAGACAACAAUCCAUCUCUGAAACCAAACCUCCAUGCUACUUCGCAAAUCAACCAAUCAGAAUUAUCCAAAUCGAACGUCAACCAAUCGACAUCUUCCACAUCAAUCAUCGACCAAUCAGCAUCAUCCAAACCUGCCAUCAACCAAAACAAACCCACUGUCUCAGCUGACCCCCUUAAACCUGCUGACGGUAACAAAUCUUCCGCUUCUGGGAAAGCACCUUUCAAAGCCGAUAGUCGGAAAACUUCUCCUGUUACAAACAAAUCGCCAAACAAGAGUCCGUCGAUUGCAGAUGGGAUGUCAAUUCCGAGUGAGGAACAAGUGGAACGAUUACGAUGCGCCCAUGCGGAGAAAUCCAAGACUGCACUUGAUGCAGCUCUACUUGCCAUUCAUUUCCCACUGGAGUCAGAUGCAACUUCAGGGUCUAACAAUUACUUCUCAAGAAAGACCGCAGAAGUGAAGAUGAGCAUCGUUGAAGAUGCUGAGAGAAUGGACCAAGACGAAGAUGUUGAACAAAGUCUUGUGCCUUACUCAAGUCCUCUUCUCUGUUUUCGCUCUUAUAGAUUGAGUCCCUUCUUCGUCCAGGAAGCCAAGUUGUCCAGACUCUCCCUGUCCUUCAGCCAUAAGCUUAACCCCAUGAGGGCAAUGUGUCAGUUUGAACUCAAUGGAACAUGUAAUGACGAUGAAUGCCCAUGGCAACACAAAAAGGACUAUGAGAUGACCGACCAUGAAGUCUAUGCAGACCUGCUUGCCUACACGUCUCUCAUAGCAACCAGCAAAGACUGGCAAGAUCCAGAGAAACGUCAUCAACGAGUAGAAGAUUACAUCAAUAAGGCUGUCAAGAAGAGCAAGAGACCGGAGAACGCUAAGAGACAGAGAGAAGCUCUGUGUAGAGCCUUCGCUAAUGCUGUACUGACCCAGACCAAAAAGGUUUCCCCAGGUAUCAUAGCUCAGCCUCGAAGCUGGACCCCCAAACAAGCCCCAUCCACCUCCCCCCAGACAUCGGGCGACAAAACAGACCCACCCCUCCUCCCCAGGGGUAGUAAGAUGACAGAAGGCCUGCAGAUCAUCCCCCUGGGUGGGGGGAAUCAGGAGAGGUAUUUCUCAGGGGAAGGAAUAGCAGACCUAGAGGCCGCUGUUCUCGAGACGCCAGGCGAUGUGAAGAUGUGGAUUAAGCUGGCUUGCAGAAUCAUUGGUGAUGAAAGUGAGGAUCAGGACAUCGAUCCAGGCUUGAAUGCGUUAUCCCGAGGCCUGGAAGCUAACCAAUCCAGCUCAGAGCUCUGGCUGCAAUACCUUCUGCUGUACUCUCAGAGAGAAGACCACAGCGAUCUAUCUGAACUCUGCCAGCAAGCACUCCAGUUUGCACCUAGUUAUGACUUGUACUGGCAGUGCCUGAGUUUUGAAGAAAGCUUCCCAGCCAAAGAUGCAAUCUGUGAUCGGAUGAUUACGUUCCUUCAGAGUCAACAGAUGAAGGCAAUGACUAGCCAGGGAUCUCAUCAACUACUGGAAGCAUUGCUGUAUAGAGUGCAGCUUCAUAUCAUGACUAGAAGAGUCAAGCAGGCCUUGUCUAUGCUGCAGGGAGCAUUGAAAGGCAGUCAGACGUCCUCACAGUACCUCACCCCAGCAGAUCACUGCUUAAUGUGGCUGGUUCACAUCCACAUGAUUGAAUACCAGCGUCUACCACCACAUCUCUUUGAUCCGACCAGCAGUGGACUGGGACACAUUGUAUCUAAGGAGCCGUUGGUUUUCCAGUGGGGGUCUUCAUCUGCCAUUCAGUCUGCAGAGGGUGUACGUGCAGCAUUUCAAGAGGCUCUAUCAGCAUGCAGUCCAGACAAGUCUGGUCUCGGCCUCAGUGUCUGCAUGCCUCUCUAUCAAAAUUGGGUCGUGUUGGAGCAACUAACUGGAAGACACGAGAAAGCUGAAGAGAUCUGCCAGCGUCUAAUCACAGAGUUUCCUGCCAAUCCUGAGCCUUGGUUGCUACUCAUUGAUGUCCACAAACACCAGGGAUCUAACAGGACCAAGAUAGAACAGGUUCUCAAGAUGGCAGUGAAGAGAAGAUGUGCCGCAAUUCACAACGCAGUGGCCAAGUUUGCAAUGCAAAACAACCCCAAGGCUUCCAUAUCUGUCAUCAAAUUCUGUGUCAAUACCUUCUUCACCAUACCGGAUAAGUCGGCGUACGAGAGCGUGGAACAAAUACGCAGACUUUAUUGCUCUCUGCUAGGACUGAGUCUGCCUUUUGAUUAUUCGCCGCCUGAUCUUCGUCCGGGGGUCAGCUCAGAAGUUGUGGAGGAGCAGUCUCAGCAUUUGUGGUUGAACUAUUGCCUGCUGCAGGAGUUGACAGCAGAGGACAGCGUGGCUUGUGACGCUUAUGAGCAAUCCCUGUGCCAUCUCAAGCGGACUGAAGAUGUACAGAGACUGUGGAUAGAGUAUCUACUCUUCAGGAAAUCCAAACUAGCCGCCAGUCAGGACAAAAGUGAAGCAUUCCGAGCCUUCACAGGGCUUGUCAAUCGAUGCUUGGUUUCCAUGGCAACAGAGUUUCCCCUGCCUCAUUCGGACAAGAAGACGUGGCUGGACUUCUCCUUCCACAACCGUGUGGUUGAGCUGUACAUUGAAUGUUUGAAGGAUGAUGAUCGAUUGGACAUGUACGAGAGAUUUAUUGAUCGGAUGCCAAACAACAUCAACUUGGCUUUCAGAGCUUGCCAUUAUGCCAGCAAGUCCUUGCAGAGUACCAACUAUCUCCAUCGAGUCAAAGCAAUAGCCACUGAUGUCCUCAACAAGUUCCCAGAGUGUCUCCCCUUCUGGAAAAUAAUGAUUGCGCUAAGUCUUCAUCGAGGAAGAUUAAAAGAGGCCAAGAUGCUGUACCAGCUAGCUUUAGAGGCAGUGCCGCUUGCAGCAAAUCUCUGGAAAGAUUUCUUCCUACUGGAGGUUGUCCACGACCAAAAUCCUGAAGACAUCCGGAAACUUGUCCUGAAAUGCCGUGAGCUCAAAGUUAACAUUGAAGACUACCUCAAAACUAUACUCAAAUGAUCCCCAAAAAAGGGAUGUCGUUCCAAAAUGUCUUCAACCUACAUUUUUAGUUUUAUUUUACACCAUCGCGCCAGAGAGAAGUCAUACCUACAAAAAUUGAUUUCGAAAGAAACUUUGGAAUGAUUUGGAAAUGAUUGGAUACUCAUCGGAUUUGGCGAACCCUACUAAAUUCUAAGAUCUUUCAAAAUCUACCACUGCUUGAGAGAAUUGUGCAGGAUUGAGGAAUGUGCAUCCCAGUUACUGUUGCAUGUGUGAGUCUUGAUUCUCCAUGGAGGUUGAGACAAAGUCCAGUUGGAUUUCUUCACAGGAGAGAAUUUUUGAGGAUUGAGGAAGGUUUCUUAGAAAAUGCGCAGGGAGUCGGUACAAAUGACACUUCUUGAAUUGUGUUUCGUCUUUUAGUACAGCAAUGAUUCCAGGUCAGUUUCAUCGGAGAUUUUGGCAACAUUGGUUUUCAGUCAGCGCCUACAUGUACUGCAGUUUUUCAUUCAGAUGUUAUCGUGUGAAAAUUGCACGUUUGUUUGAAUGUCUUACUGAGCCUGAACCAACAUAUGCCUGACAGACGUGGUGUUUAUAUGGUUGGGACAUUCCAAGGACAUUGGUUUUAAUUGGUCCUGUUUUGUAGUGUUAGGUCUGUUGAUGGAUUAGGAUCAGACUGAAGAUACUGUCUUAGAUUUGGUUGCAUUCUUCCUCGAGCCAAAUGUCUGUUUCUCAGUGUCAACAGAAUGGAUUGUUGCCGACAGCAAUCAGAAAUGCUGUUCUGUUGGUUGGUUUUUGAUAGACGUGUCCUCAAGUCUAUCAUAAGUCAAUCACUAGACAUUUCCAUAGACUAGAACCUGUUUGGAAUAUUGGUGCUGAGUGACUCGACUCCCCAGGGUUUUAAGUUUGCUUUUUUUUUUAGCUUGGUGGGGUUUUUGUUGGUCAGUGAUCAACACAUUUAUAAGUCUCCUUUUUUUCCGAUCUCUUUCGGUGCCUUUCCUUCAAAAUAUCUUGUAUUGUGUUUGGCUUUCUAACAUCAUUCUUUCAAAAAUUAUUGUCUUCAAGAAACUUGGUCUUCCCGUUUCCUUCAAAUCAUCAGUUUGCAUUGUGAUGCCGUCAUGGAUAAAAUUGUUGCUUCAGAAGGAGAUGAUUUCUGUUCAAAUUUCAAGAUGUUGGGUGUCAUAUUCCACAAGUUUCUGCCUGAGCUGUGACUUAAAUGUUAGUAGUGAAGGAACAGUUUGAAGUUAGAAAAUGUCUGUCCAUGGACUUGAGAAAAAGUCGCAUUUGAAUAUAUGGAACGUUGGAUGUAACGGCGCAGUUGGACAAAACUAUCCACAAUUCUUAGCAAAUCGGAGAUAUGGCAGUGUCAGUAUGUUGAGGCAAGAUGGUUUUGGAGAGUGGUUCAACAAGAAGCAUUGGCCAAUCACAGCCCAUGGAAUCUGUGAUGUCAUCACUAGUAGCACAUGUGCCACACCGGUCAGUGGUCAACCAGGAAACUGAUGUAAUCAUCAUUAGCCAAUGAGAAGAUUCCUUACAUAUGGAGUCGGCAGCUGUAUCCAAUCAGAGAGUCUGUUUGAACAAUCACAUGCAUAUUCAGUGCCUCACAACCAAUUAUGUGACACCAGUGACUAAACAUUGAGAGUAUGUUCUUCAGAAAUUCAUAAAAGUUCAUGUUAAAACUUGUUACCAAUCUAAGUGCAUCUGCUGAAGCAAGCACAUGUGUUAUGAACUUAAGCCGAGAGACUUUGAAAUGUGCCCAGCUAUUUUCAUGGAUCUACCGACCAGCUAGCAUGAAAGAUCACCGUGGCAACUCCAGAUACAUGAACCAAGAUGUUUUAAUGCCUGCAAUGAAGGAGUUGCCUGCAGAGCAACGCUUCACAAGUCGGUGCUGUGAGAAGAGCGGCAGUCCAUUUCAAGAAAGAAGUCUCGGAUUUCUUCAUUUUCCUGGUUUCAACUGAAGAAUGACUGAUGCUACGUCCAACAAAUCGGUAUAACUUGAGAUGUUACUGAAGCAUUGUCACAGAGUGAUUUACUCAAACGAUACAUUCCUUGUAGUCUAAUCCCCAAUCUGUGUGGAAUCGACACAUCAUCUGAUUGCUCGCGAACAUAUACCUUGGAAACUCCUGAUGCUGUUGAGAUUUGCAUGUAUGUGUAGUAGCAUCCACACAGCAUAGCUGUCUUACGUCACUCGAAGUUGUAUCAUCCGGUCAUGAGAUCUGCCACAAUUCCUGUUACAACCAAGUUCUCCAUCCUGAUGCUUAAAGACUUGCCCCAAGUCUUGCCCUGGAACCAUUCUGGCACUGAAAAGGUCUUCACUUUCACUGACAUCAUGGAAAUAUCAAAACCCCGUUACCCCUUGAAACCCUCCCAAAAAGUUCCUUUCUGAACUCUACCAAAAAUCGUAAGCUGUAGAAGUUGAGUUGAAAAAUAUUCAGAAGACCCGCACUACUUGACUGUAGCAACUGCAAAAUGCCCAUGCCCACGACUAAGUAAGGAACUGCACGAACGGAAUGAACACCAUCAUCCGACCAGAAAGCUAAUGAAUGAUAAAUAUUAAUCUCAUCGAUCACAAAAUACUCUAUAGUUGUUCAAGUUUGUUUAAAUCAAAAUUAAAAACACAUCCGCUUCCAUCAACAAGUGCUUGGAGGCUGUUAUUGUAAAAAAAAAAAAAAAAAAAAA